AUGGAUAGCAAGACCAGCAACAUCCCUGAAGACGAUCUCGGAGCUAAGGAGCGAACAAGGUCGCGGGCUGCUCCCGCUUUCUACAUUUCACGAGAUGACCCAAAACAACGCUCCUCCAGGGUCCUCAUACACAAGGAUCGCCGGCUACCCGAAAGCAGGAGAGGAAGUCUCGAGAGCAAGCGAAGCGGAGACGACGUAAAUCCGCCUUUGGAGAGGUCCAGGAACAAGGACGGUGUAGCAGCCGGCACCUACGAGCCGGGAAGCUCCCGGAAGCAGCGUGCUUCGGUCGACGACGUCUACAGCGGCAACGACAUGCAACGUCCGAUUCUGAGGCAGACUACCGCACGGACAACACGCACAGCGUCCGCUACCGAAGCAGAACCCCUGAAUGGGCAAUAUUCCGAGAGGCCGAUCAAGGUCUACAGGGACGAGUUUCUUUCGUUCGACGAAGAAGACUUCCGCAAUUCCCCCAGGUCACCCCGUACGCGCGUAGAAGGCGAAGACGGGAUGAAGCGUUCCAUGCGAGAAAUUGCUUCAAGUGACGAGGAGGGCAGGAUUUCGCGAACUGCGGACAGGCACAGCAAACGCGAGGCUUAUGAAGAGCACCUUGCUCACAAGUCCUGUCAGUUUUCAGUUGUCGCCAUCGACGGAGACGACGACAGAGAGCAUCGCAUUUCGAAGCGGCGUCCGUCGACCGAGCGCUUCUUCUCGGACAGCGAAGAAGCAGGAGCUCGGCAAACUACCGACGAACGAAGCAGACGUCAGAGCUUCGAGAGUGUCCCUGCCAUAGACUACCGCAAGUCGGGAAAGCAGUCCACUGGGACUAUCGACGAAGGCGGCGAGAGGGAGCGUUCGCUUUCAAGGCGAACAUGGGUAUCGACGAAGCGCGCACCGUCGCAACGCGAUGACAUUGAGGACAAGCGACCCGCUGAGCAACUGAGCAAACGUUAUAGUGACGAUGCUCCGCCUGUCGACGGAAGCCACCGCAAGAACCGCAGGCUCUCCAUUGCAACCACUGAUGAAGAAGACAGAAGGGAGCGCUCAUCUUUCGAGCAAAGAUUGCCGUCGAUGGAACGGCCGUUCUCGAAGAGCGAGGAAGCCUGA